AAUUUACGACGAACCAAGAAAGACAAGUGACGCUCUGCGUAUAUUUUAUAAAUUAACGAUAGUUUUAGUUGUUAAAGUUGUUUGUGCCAUUCCUCUUUCCAUAAACUGACAGCAUACCCUAAUGUCAUGCGUUUGUUUACUGCUGUAAGCUUCCAUGAGCAUUCAGGAAUCCGGUUUCAACAAAUUACGUCAUGACUUUCACGAAAAGCGUGGACCAAAUCACAAUCCUCCAGGGAGAUCGUACCAAGCUAAAGGACCUGCUCCGGAACCGGCUGAACGCUUGCGGUUGGAGCGACCAGGUCCGGUUGCUGUGCCGGGAGGCAAUCAAAGAGCAAGACAACGCCGUCAACUGCGAUGCUCUGAUCCAGCAGGUGACGCCGAAGGCGAGGGCUUUGAUCCCGGAUACGGUCAAGAAGGAGCUGCUGCAGAAAAUCAAAACCAUUUUGAUUCAGCAGGAGGGAAUCGAUAUUUAAGGAUACAGGGCGGUGAGGUAAGGAUGAAGGUGUUUUAGCUUGUAGGGCCUUAGGACUGAAUAAAAUAAUAAUUUAAUUUAAAGAAA